AUGACCUACGUCUCAAAUGAUCCUGCUUGGUGGCCGCUCAUCAGUUAUGCUCAUUUUAUUGACUAUUUUGAAGUUGCAUCUGCUACUGUAGUGGUAUACGAUUGGGCAUUAACAUUCACACAAGAGGUCGAAUUGAUAUGGAGGCAGCGCUGGUCCUUCAUGACCGUUCUUUAUAUUUGUGUUCGCUACAUUGGAAUACUAUAUUCCUUCAACCUCAUACUGUGCAACACCCUUUAUUUCAUAGCGAUAUGGGAGCCUGUCGUCGUCAAUGCCAUGCUGGGCGUCAUCAUGAUGGCUCGGAUACACGCCAUGUAUGGGCAAUCUAAAAUUCCAUCCACCUUACUCGCUGUACUCCUACUGGUUUCCACGAUCGCCACCGGAGUUAUGGCGGUAAUUGCAAAUUUGGGUUUCUCAGGGGGGGAGGCCGUGCUUUCUGGUUACCAUGUCUGUGCUUACAGAAUUGACAUAGACGCGACGGAUCUCAAUGACGACGUGAUCAUACCCACUGCUAUAUGGGAGAUCCUCAAUCUUUUUCUUGCAGUCUGGAUUGUUAUAAAGCACCUCCGUGACCUGCGACAAUUGCAGAGAGGAUCGAUCAUUGAGGACUGUUUCGUGAUCUUAAUAAGAAGUCACGCGCUCUACUUUCUAGCCUUUGUCCUCGUGGCUUGCUUCACUCUUGGGGGACUUUCUCCGUCUAUGAUGAACACAUCUACUUGGAGAACUAGUUUGUAUAAUGGCAUUCUCAACAUCGCCCAGGUGUUCCAGAUGUUUGUGCUGGGACCACGUCUGAUCCUCGACGUUCGUGAAUAUAACGCUAAGCUCGUGGCCAGGUCCGACGAAGGAACACACAUGACAUCCCUUGCUUUCCGGACUGGUGGAGAUGCGUUGACUGGCGGAGAUGUGUAG